UUAAGCUCGUCUAACAAAUUUUAUUUUUGCCCAUCUUUUGUACUCCUAGAUGCUAUAUCUCAAACAAAAUGAAGAAUGGCUGAAUGGGAUGUUAGUACGAAAAAAUUAGAUGUUGUUGUAGUAUAUAUGAUUCACAUGUAUAAACAUGAGUCAUAGUAUAAAUGUCUAUAUCAUGUAUACAAAUAGGUACUUGAGUGUAUAAUAUAGGUAUUGUGACUUGUGUGACAAGCUUUAUGCCAAAGGGCAACAAGCAUGGCAAUUUAUCAUCAUCACAGCCACCAUGUGGAGCUGCAGCUGUAAAUGUAGAGGUUAUCAAAUUGAGUUACUCUUUGAGCAUUCACACUUGUAAAAUACUCCUAUAAAUACCUCUUUGUGUGAGAUGAAUAAACACACUUGAAACUCUAUUCUCACAGAAAUCUUACUCUCUCUCUGUUUAUCAUUUCAUACUUGUCCUCAAACACGUUAUCAGCACGAAAUUGCUCUAGAAUUAGAAUCGAAAUUGAAAAGAGGAGAGGUAGUUCAUAAUCCGAUCGAAGUCAUUUUUUCAAACUUGCAAAAAACCACCAAACCCUAGCUCAUAUCAAAGCCCUUGAUUCAAGAAGCUCAGAACCGGUUUCAGAACCCCCAGAACCGGCCGGAAACAGCCUGAACCGGCCACCGGAAAAAUCGAACCGCUGCUGAACCGCUGUCGAAGUGCUGCCGAGACCUGCCGAAAGCUCCUGCCGAGUGCUGCCGAGUCCUGCCGAAAGCCCCUGCCGAUACCUGCCGAAAGCUCCUGCCGAGUCCUGCGCAGCAGCUGCCGAGCCACCUGCUGAGCAUCUGCCGAGCUGCUGCCGAGCAGCUGUCGACACAUCUGUCGACAGAUCUGUCGACGACUUUCGGACAACUUUCCGGCGACUUUCCGACAACUUUUCCGGCGACUUUCGGACAACUUUCCGGCGAAUUUCGGACAACUUUCCGGCGACUUUUCAGGCGACUUUCUGACAACUUUUCCGGCGACUUUCGGACAACUUUCCGGCGACUUUCCGGCAAUUUUUCGGACAAUUUUUAGACAACUUCCGGCAAUAUUAUUCCAAGGAUGUCGAAUGAACCUAGACUCGACUUUCAAAUGCUUGACUUAACGGGUUCGGAAUACUAUAGUUGGGUAACCGACGUUGAGAACCACCUCACUUCAAGAGGGAUAUUGCCCAUAAUUCAAGCUCCUAAUCCAGGCCUUGUGUUCCAAAGAACACCUACAAAGCAUGCACAAGCUAUUAUUUUGAUGCGGCGCCAUAUGGAUAAAGCUCUCAGACUAGAGUAUAUGUCAAUGAGAGAUGCUCGAGACUUAUGGGUAGCGCUAGAAGAGCGUUUUGGUAAUAUCCAAGAUACCCUCCUCCCUGACUUGAAGGUUCAGUGGAAUAAUAUACGCUUCUCCGACUUUAAGUCUGUUGCAGAAUAUAAUUCGGAAGCUCUUCGACUCCAAGCCAUGUUGAAGUUCUGUGGAAAGCCUCUCACAGAAGAUGAGCUACUUGAGAAGACUCUCUCCACCAUUCCCGUCUCAGCAAUUGUGAUAUCAAAGCAAUAUCGCACAGAAGUCAAUGCUGGACGAAUUACAAGGUUUAAUGAGCUUAUUAAUAUUUUGUCGGUAUCUGAAAAGCACGACAAUAUCCUUGUAAAGAAUUAUCAUUCCAGGCCCAUUGGAACCAAGAGCGUCCGUGAGGCAAAUUAUAAUGCACCCAAAAAGGGGCGCAAACAGCAAUACCCUAAUAAUAAAGGACAAGAAAGGCGUACGAGCCCAUAUAACCACCCCAAUAAAGAGAGAAACCGCAACUUUAAAGCGGACACUCGUGGUGGCAACUUCACACGUGGUGGUAACUCCACACGUGGCAACUUCACACGUGGUGGCAACUCCACACGUGGGAGAGGUGAAUAUAAUAACAAUAUGGGCCAUGGAGGUCGCAUCAUAAGGCGUGGUAGUAGCAAUAACCCUCCUAGGGAAUAUCCACAACAUGGACAAACUGCACCUCCAAUGAAAGGAGGCAACCAUAAUGACGUGUGUCAUAGAUGUGGAUCAAUUGAGCAUUGGCUCAAACAAUGCCGUGCAAGUACUAAACUAGCUGCAAGCUACAAAGAGUAUAGGCAAAACAGGGAGCAAGAAUCCAACCUUGCCGAAAAUAAAGAUAGUGAAGAUGUCAAUCUCACAAUAGAGGACUUCAAAGCUGAACAAAUGCACGAGGAUGCAGCAGACUUUGAUUAGAAUAGUCCUUUUCUAUUUUCCAAGGGCAAA